AUGGAUAGAUUAUGUUGGUUGGUAGGUAGGUCACAUGCUAAACAAAUAACAUACUUAGAAUAAACUUGUAUAAAGUAAAACAAUAUCUUUGAAAUUGACUCAAGAAUUAAAUCACAUUUGCAAUUUCCUGAUCGAGAAAUGAAAAAUGUGUUGUUUAUUUUUGACUCAUUUAUUGAUAAAAUGGUAUUGUAAUAUUAUAAUUUGUUAUGUAUUAUUAUGUUAUAAUCUGUUUGAUCUAAUUAAUAUCUGUAAUGUACCUAUAACUAUAAUAAUGUUUUAAUCUUAAUUUUCAAGGAACUGUCCAGAAAAAAGAUUGCUUGAAGAUCAAAUGAAAAAUGAAUUCAGACAAGUGUAGUAUUCAUUAUUCUAGUAUUCAAUAUAUUUGUGAAGAUUGCCCACCCACUUUCUCUCAUAUCAGUUUAACACACAUCAACAUUUAGUAAAUAAUUAGCAAAUUAGGUUUUAAAAUUAGCAAGUCAUUAUUUUUAUGUAAAGGUGGUGUCUUCUAUUGUUCAUGGCAACAACUGAAAAUUUAAUAAACUUUAAAAAUAGCUUGUUUGUUACCUUAUCAUUGUUAGAUUUAUGGAGAAAAUGUAAUUAUGAUAUUUCAAAUUAUUUUAUCCUCCCUUGGACUCUAAUAACUCCAUCUCAUAUAUUUCUGAUUAUCAAUUAUUUUUAAAAUUCAUAACAGCUAUUAUCAUUAAUUUAAUCGUAUGUUUGUUGCAAUGAUAAAUAUAAUUCUAAUUUAUAAAUUAAAUUAGAAAAUACAAUUAUUAUCAAAAAACCCAAAACCUAUCUGCUAAUUCUUACUAAUUAUUUGUUAAAUUAUGAUAUGAGUUAGAUUGAUUUGAGAGAAAGUAGGUGGGCCAUCUUCAUGACUGUGUAUUCAAUGCUAGCUUUUAUGGUAAUAUUAAACUAGCAGAAAUAAUUGAUGAACAACCAGAAUUACUUCCACUGAAAAAAGCACAAGAACAACCUAUGCAACUUGUAAUUCAAAUUAUCUCUGAUGUAUGUACAAUUAUUACAAUAAUGAAAUUGAGUUCAUAUAAAUUAUAAUUUAUAUUAUUAUCAUAAGUAAAUUACUUUAUUUUGUACUGUCUAAGGUAAUGAACUCAAUUAAGAAUUAUCAAUUAUUUAUAACUUGCAGUGACUUGCUUCAGUUUUGAAAUUGCCUGGUCAAUUGUCCUUUAUGGUCAGAGUUGUAUAGUCCUGGUCAGAGUUCUGGAUGCUUGGCUGAAAUAUUAUUUAACUAAGUAUAAUAAUUUAUAUAUCUAGGAUCAGUGUUUAGAUAAACCAUUUGCUAAUUUAACAAUAAUAAUACACAUUUGUGAAUAUAUUACAGUGUGUCCCACUAUGUUCAACAGAUUUUUCUUGCACUGUUCAUAUUAAUUUUUUUUUUCUUCAAUCGGUUAUGCCUUGUUUAUACACGUGAGGAGUACUGGGCCUAGUGAGUCAACUCGGCCAAACACUAUCCCGUGUGAACUCAAGGAACCAGUACUCGGCUUAGUAAUCAGACGAGUAAAAUAAGCGGGCGAGUAAAUAGAAACAGUUUCUAUUCGCUGGGCCGAGUGACUACCUCCACUACCAAGAUGUAUGGUACUCGGUGUGUCUAAACCGCUAGCCGAGUGUCGUGUAACGAGUAGUUCAGUUAGUAGUAGUUAGUCACUCGGCCAAGCAAAUACAAUGCUUCACUCUGAGCACUAGACCGAGCAACAUAACGAGUGACACAGCUGAGUACUCAUCACGUGUAAACAAGGCCUAAGUCUUCAAAGGGGUCAUCGAUUUGGAGAAAAAUUAAAUUAUUAUUUUCAUCCACUAAAGACAAAAAAAAAAUAAGAAUUUUCAAAUUAGUAAUUAUGUAAAAAAUAUUAUUCAAAAAAAUUUAAUAUAUCACAUAUUCAUAUCCAAUGAAUAAUUUCUGAAAUAUAGCAAUUUUAAUUAGAUGUGAAAACAAUUAAUAUUCAAUAAAAUAACACGUUAUACAAUAAGGAAUUACAAUCAGCACAAUAAUUCUUUACCUUCUAUUGAAUAUUAAUUGUUUUUACGCCUAUUUUCUAGAAUAUAAACUGUAUAUAAUUAAGAAACUGUUAAUAUAAAAGUAUGAUACAUUAAAAUUUUUAGAAUAAUAUUUUUUACAAAAUGACCAUUUUGAAAAUUUUCUAAAGUGAAUAAAUAUUAUUUUGUAUGUGUAUGUUUAGGGGAUAAAAAUAAAACUUUAAUUUUUCUUCAAAUCAAUCUCUCCCUCGAAGACAAACCAAUUGAAAAAAAAAAUUUAAUAUUAAUAGCUAGAAAACUAUUGAUGCCCUGUACCUUUUCUAAAUAUAGUUUGUCAAGUAUUUCUGUAGCUAUUUUUGGUUUAAACGGUGUUUAUAGGUAGUAUAUCAAAGAAAAAGUUAAUUUUUAUAAAUACCUUUUAGUAGAUUAAAUUAUAUUUUAUAUUUUUUUAGUCAUAUAACUUUUCUUUAGGUUCUCUCAUAAAAAAUAAUGCCUCUUGUAAUCUAUGGUCUAUGUUUUUGAUUGCAGUAACUAAACCUUCCUUGUAUUUUUCUAGUAGCCUUAUUUAUAAAUAACUAAAUAGUAUAGGGACUUGUCUUGAUGUUAGCAAAGUUCAAAAUUCAUUCUAUAGACUUAAACUGAUGUCAUUUUUUUCUAAUCACUUGGUUCCACAAAUUGGACGUUUGUAACCUUUGAAAAAAAUCUAUAAAAAUAUUUUAAAAAUAAUUUGACUACUCUAAAAGAAUUUUGAAAAUAUAUUUUUUUUACUAUACAAUUUUUAUUAUUGAUAAAACCAUCUAAAAAAGGUAAUAUUACUUUACUCAUAUAAUUAAAAAACAUUAUAAGCUUUUACAAUAAUUAUAAUUUCGAUGAAAUUUUUUUAUAUCAAUCUGUAUAUUAUUUAUAUUAUAAAUUAUAAUGUACAUAUUUCGAAUUUGUGAUUACAAAUGAUUACAAUAAAAUGGAAAUAGUUUAGAGACAUAAUUUUGAUUUUUUGGUGCCAAGAUCACACCUCAAUAGUAUUCAUAAAUUAGUAACAUACUAUUUAUUAUUGCCACUAGAACUUAAAAAAUUAUGCCAAUUAAGGUUAUCAAUAUUUAAAUUUAAUCUAUCAAAUUCAUCCAUUAUAGAUUUAAAUUAUUAAAAUGACUAAAAUAACUUUGAGUUAAAUCAUCAGUGUUUAAGUUAAUAAAAUAAAUAUUAUACUAUUCUUCUAACAAAAAAAGAAAUUAUGAAAUAUAAGCUACACAUACCAGGGCGUCAAAUUCAUUUGCUUUUCAAGCAAAUGAAUCAGCAAAACUACAGUAUCAAGAAGAAUUGAUCGAAAAUUUCCACUAAUGAGAUGUUAAAAGCAAGUUUUAAGAAUGGUGAAAACCUCACAGAAUUUUGGCUCCAGUCUACUAUUAGUCAAAUUUAUCCUGGGCUAUGGACUGUCCUUCAAAAAUUAUUAAUUGCCUUCCCUUCCUCUUACCUCGUUGAGCGAGGAUUUAGUGCAGUCACUAUGUCAUAUCGACUUACACCUUCAUCUCACAAACUUUAAACCAAAUGUAAAAAAAAUUGGCUUUGGAUCACCAAGCACAACCAUGUCACAGAUCAAUACAUUUAAAAACAUUUUAAUUAUCCUCUUAAAUUAUAUUUAAACAUAAAUUUUACAUUUUAUUUUCAUUAUAUUCACAUUUGUAUAUAAAUAUAUUAUAUUUAUUAAUUAUUCAAUAUUAAACUUUUCAUGUAUAUUAUUUUUAUUUUUAUUUUAAUGAAGUGAAGGGGGCGUUGAAAAAUAUUUUGCUUCUUAGGGGGGCGGCCAUUAUAAAAUGGUUGAGAAGCAUUGAUGUAUGUCAUAAAGACGGAUGGUUUGUGAUAGAAAAUUUAAUCUAACUGAUAAAAAUUAUAAAUUUAUUUGUAGUUAAAAAUUAAAAAACUUUAAAUUUAAAUUGAUAAACAAAUGUUUAAAAGAGUUAUUAGAAUUAUUUUCAGUUUGCUAUAAUUUAUUUUUGCAAUCAGAAUUGAAAAUAAAUUUCCUCGUAUGUUUCUUACCUUAUCAAUUUUCUAUCUACAGUAAAGGCUCAUAUAUGAGCAGUUUUAAGUUAUUUUAGAUUCACACACUACUUAGCUUAGCUAAUCACAGCUGAUUUUUACAAUUAAGGAAGCAUUUAAAAUUACAAAUCAAUUUUAGGAACACAUGUUUAUUUGGUGUGGAUAUGCUUAAGUAAUAAGUAAUUUAAAAAUGCUGAAUAAUGCUCAUGUUUUGAGUAUGUUAUCAAAAGAUAAUUUUCAAACAUUUUGCAUUAUUAAUAAAAGGUAUAUAAGUUAAUAAAAUAUAAUUUUAAAUGUAUUUUUAUUCAGCAUUUUACAAAACACUACAGCAUCACCAAGAGAAUGA